GCCGGCCAGUGAUCGCCGAGUAUCUCCGACGGGGGAGAGACCUGUGUGUAAACAAUGCAGAUCUCUCCCCUGUCAGCUCCUGCACACUGCUUUGUAUGGCUCUGCACAGCACAGUACUCCAGCACACUGCUUUGUAUGGCUCUGCAUAGCAGCAUGCGUACAGUGAAACACUCCCAGCACACAGGUAACCCUUUGAUCGCCCCACAUUUUAACCUCUUCCUGCCCAGUGCAAUUAGUACAGUGUCAGGGCUUUUUAUUAGCACUGAUCACUGUAUUGGUGUCACUGGGGAUGUCAGUGACACCAAGUCUGUUCCCCCCCCCCCCCCCCCCCCCCCAGUGUCAGAAUGCCCGGCACAGUCCUGUUAUAAGUCGCUG